CUGCACUCCGCCAUCUGUACACAGACUCUCCCUUCUCCAUUCACACAAUUGCCACUGAAAGACAUGACCUCCAGUUCCCACUUGUCUGAAGAGCUGUUCCAAUGCUCUGUCUGCCUGAACAUGUUCACUGAUCCAGUCUCUGUCCCUUGUGGCCACAGCUUUUGCCGGUCUUGCAUCUGCGGUGUAUGGACAGCCAGUGGCACCCGUCACUGCCCUAAAUGUUCUGAAGUUUUCGCAGGUUCUCUGGAGCUCCACGAUAAUGCCUUUGCUAGGGAGAUGGCGGAGCAGAUCCGGAGCAGGCGACAGAACGCCCCUGUACGUUCCCUGGCAGCCCCCGGGGAAGUUCACUGUGACGUCUGCCCUGGUAGGAGGGAGCUUCGCGCUGUUAGGUCCUGCCUGGUGUGCCUGGCAUCGUACUGCGAGGAACACCUGGCUAUACACAACAACAGAUUCACCAAACACACCCUGGUGGAGCCGGUCCAACGUCUGGAGGAGCGCAUGUGUCAGAAACAUGAGCGACCAUUGGAGCUGUUCUGUAGAUAUGACCAGAAAUGUAUUUGUGUGCUUUGCACCGACACAGACCACAGCACACACCACAUAGUGCCAGUGGAGAGGGAGUGGGCAGAGAAAAAGUCUCAGCUGGGGGGGAUACAGGACAACGUGCGACAGAUGAUCAACGAGCGCUUGCAGAAGGUUAAUGAAAUUAAGCAAUCAGUGGAGAUGAGCAGGAAAAACACUGACAAGCAGAUCGCUGAGAGUGCUGAGGUCUUCACUGUGCUUCUGAAGUCUAUUGAGCGAAGGCGGGUGGAACUGCUGGAGGUGAUGGAGGAGAAGCAGAGGACGGUGGAGAGACACGCUCAGACAUUGAUUGAAGAGCUGGAGCGGGAGAUAUCUGGGCUAAAGAAGAGAGAUGUUGAGCUGGAAAAGCUCUCACACACAGAGGACCACCUUCACUUCUUACAGACUUUCCUCUCAGUGCGUUCUCCCCCACAGCAUAAAGACUGGUCUCAGAUCAGCGUGCACACUGUACAGUGCGUUGGUAUGUUGAGGGAGGCUUUAUCUCAGCUAGACGGACAGUUGAGAACCCACAUCAACAGGCAAACAGAGACAGAACUUGAAACGAUAUCACACUAUGCAGUGGAUUUGACCCUCGACCCAAGCACAGCUAAUCCCUGGCUGGAGCUGUCUGCGGACGGCAGGAGAGUGAGCGAUGGUGAGAUUGAGCGAAGUGUCCCAAACAAUCCCCAACGCUUCGACACUGCGCCUUGUGUAUUGGCGAGGCAAGCAGUCACCGGGGGGAGGAGUUACUGGGAGGUGGAGGUGACCAACAAGACUGCCUGGGACCUGGGUGUGGUCAGGCAGUCAAUCAGCAGGAAGGGGGUGGUCACACUGAGCCCUGAAGAUGGCUAUUGGGCAAUUUGUCUUAGGAAGGGGAAGGAGUAUAGGGCGUGCGACAAACAUUCUGUUCUCCUGAAGUUGCCAUCAAAACCACACAAGGUUGGACUGUUUGUGGAUUUUGAUGAGGGUUGCAUUUCCUUCUUUGACGCAGGCACCAGGACUCAUAUUUAUUCGUUCACUGGCUUCUCUUUCAUUGAACCGUUACUGCCAUUCUUCAACCCUGAGAUGAGCGACUCUGGACAUAACAGAGCUCCGCUGGUUAUUCUGCCUGCCAGUGAAAUCAGUGGAGAGCUGCCAUGUGAAGACAUUACAAUAUGACCACUAGAAUAGGCAUUAUUGGUUUUGAAGUAUUUUUUGUGUCUCAAGCAGAUAGGAAUCAUUGAAGCUCAAUUGUUUGCAGUUUUAUGGUUUGGUUAGCAUUUUGGCAAGUUGUUGCUAUUUCAGAAAUAAUGACAAACAUUGUUUUUAUUAAUCACAUCUUUUUAAAUUCACAGUGUUUAUGAAUAUAACAAACUUGAAGUGUGGGAUGAUAACACGAAUUUUUGAUCAGCAUUUUUUAUUUGUAUUUCUUAUGUUGAAUUUCUUACUAAAAGUCACAAGCAUUUCAAAAAUUAUACUCUCCUCCUUAAGAGUGUACCUUUAGAGCUACAUUCUCAGUCAUUGAAAAAGCAUAA